AUGGCAGUUCUGCAGUUUAAUCCAAAUCAUUAUUUUAUGCUCAGCAUUGAGUUAUUAUUUCCACAUCCCUGCAACACCGGCUGGCAUCACUUCCAGGGCAGUUGUUACCUGUUCUGGACCAAGACUCUAACGGACCGCACUUUUGAUGGACAUCAGAAGAACUGCAUAAACAAAGGUGGCAAUUUGGCCAGCAUUCACAAUCACGCCGAGAAUCAAUUCAUCUAUGGUAAAAUACGGGCUAUCGGUGGUUGGUUCUGGCUCGGAUUCGAGGACCACAAUGGUGAUAAGGUCCUGCAGUGGACGGAUCGAUCGCCGGCAGAUUACUUGAAUUUCGGGAGUUCCAACUUGCCCUCUGGUCGCAGGCUGUGCUCGAACAUGCAGUCAAACUCUGACAAAUGGAGUGUUUCUCAGCAUUGUACGAGCAACGCACAAAGCAGCGUAUGCAAGAAACCAGCAAACCAACUGCCAUGUGAAGCCGCCAUUUGCCUGAAUGGAGGAAUCUGCGUGCCAAGUGGUUCAAGCUACACUUGCAAAUGCGAGAAAGGCUACACUGGCAAGUACUGUCAGAAAGAUGUUGACGAGUGCAAUACGGCCAACUGUAACUCCUCUCAUUGCAUUGACGGCCUUGGCUCGGCCAAAUGCCUGCCGCAGUAAAUAAAACCAGACCGCCUUGAUAUUCAACAUGACGCAUUAACAUUAUUAGUGUCUCGGUAUUCGUUUUUUCGUAUUUUAUUUGUGGAUAAGUCAGUGUCUCAACUUUAACUAUUUAUGUAAAAGGCAAAGUAAGGAAAAGUUUAUAUUGAGCUUGACAGUACAUCACCCAUUAACUAAUUCAGAACAUUUGCAGAUGCUCAAAAGAGCAACUGCCAAAUUAGGACUUAACCGUCACUGUGAAAACACGUUUUUUUCCCAAAUGCUACGUCAGCAAGCGCAAGCCAAUGACCUCAAGAGCAUUGGGGUACGGCUUGCGAUCACAGGAUUUUAAGACAAACAGAUUCAGCAGGCUUCAUUUUGAUUAAAUUCAGUCCAUGUAGGGCCUAAACAUUAGUUUGUUUGUUUAACGGCAAAAUAAUAAACAAAACGCGGGUUUAGCAAUGUGCAUUAUUCAUUUCCUGAAAGCCCAAAGAUUUACCCAGUGUAAUUUCUUUUCUCAGUUCGGUUGAAUCAGUUUUAGGGUUUAUUUUCGAUAUAAUCUUCUGUAAUUGAUUUUUCAUUCGGAUUUGUUUGCAGGUAUGUUAACAAUAUCUUAGUUUCAAGAGGAUGUGGUUUUUCGGUUAAUACUACACAGAUAUAAUUUCCAAAAAACUAAAUGAUAAAGCUCGUUGCAGAGGUGUGAAAGGAUAUGCACAAUAGCAAAAAUGUGUUGGGUUUUUAACAACGUCUGUAAAAGCUGCGGCUAUUUGUUCUGAAUAUUUGCCAAGCCGGUUAUGACUUCAGUGAAUAAUUCAAUACAAUAAA